CCCUCACUUAAUCAAGCAUAUGCUAUGAUUAUUGAGGAUGAAACUCACAAUUUACCCAGUCUAAAUGCAGCAGGAAUUAAAUUAGAUCUGAUGGCUAUGCAAAUUAGUCAAGGGCAGGGUUACAAAGGCAAACGACCUUUUAUGCAAUGUGAAUAUUGCAACCUGAAAGGACAUACUAAGGAAAAUUAUUAUAAGUUAAUAGAAUACCCUACAGACUUCAAAAGUAAGAAGAAUUUUGGACAGGGUGCUAGUAGUUCUGGAACUCAGCAAGGGGGUCAGUAUAGGAGACCACAACAACAACAAGCUUUAGCAGCUAUGAAUAAUAUAUCUUGGAAUAGUGAUGUUCCAUUGUCAAACUCUGAGGGAAAAGAACUUAUUGCAGGCAAAUUUUUCACUGAUGAGCAGUAUCAACAGAUUUUGGCAUUGCUAAACAAGGACACUGGAGAUAGUCAUGCAAAUUUGGCAGUUGAAAUUAUAUCUGCAGGCCCAGAAGGUGCAUUGACAUCUGCAGGCGAUAGAAAGAGAAACAACUCAAUGGAAAAUAAGUUUAUUUGGAAGAGUAACAUUAAGUUGAAGGUAGGUAAUUGCAGAAUAAGGACAGGUGGUCUGAUGAGUGUCGGCCUAAGGACCAAUUUCCUAAUGUCUAUAACUUGGUGUUAAAUCAAGUCUGAUGGCUGAUUAUUUCACUGAAGGCGGGUGGAACUUCCAGCAAAGAUGAGGCUUUAACGACUGAGAGUUGGAUGAAGCUGUGGCUUUAUACAGAAAAUGCAGGAAAUAAAAUCUGAAGAUAGUAAGGAGGAUAUUCAAAUCUGGCGUGUUAAUAAAAAGGGGUGUCUUACUGUGAAGUCUUGCUAUGAUAGGUUACAAAAACAGUCAAAUGAAUAUGAGAAAAUCUGGCCGUGGUAGUUAAUUGUGGAAAACUCAAGCUCCAACAAAAGUUGCUUGCUUUGGAUGUGUUGCUGCAUAUGAUGCUUGUCUAACUAAGGAGAGGGCUUUAGUCUGUGUGAAUGUUCUGUUGAAAGAGUGAAUCAUUUGUUGGUGCACUAUAAACAAGCAUGGCUGAUAUGGACCCUUGUUUCUUAAUAUUUUUCUAAUUUAUUGGGUGAUGCCAGAAAGCUUCAACGACUUAAAUGUUGGCAAGGGCAAAGUUCGGAAAGAAGACUGAAGAAGUUAAGAAGCUGGUUCCAUUAUGCAGCAAUCAUUUGAUCAAUAUGGCAUGAGAGAAAUAAAGCUGAUUGCUGCUGUAAAGUUUAGAUGUUUUCAUAAUUUGUUGUGUGUUGGCAUAGGGGAGAGUCUGUAUUCAGCAAUUCUGAUUACCUGUCUUUUAUGGGUUCCAUAUUAUUGUAGUAAUCAUGUAAUUUUUCAAACUUUAUGGUACUACUCUUUUCAAUAAAUACUUUACCUUAUGGAACAGAA